CAAAAGGCUGCGGAGAAUCAGCAGCCCGAAAGAGUCGGGCUCCGGCUGGCCCGCAGCCGGAGUGAGGGUGCGACAAUCGCUGCGGCAGUCCCAGUCACUUCCUCCUCGCGAUCCGGGCCCCGGGGAAUCUUCUGCCGAGGCGCUUGCUUAUCACCAGGGUCAUCACAGUCCCUGUAGUCGGGUAUCUGGUUCGUGGGGAUUUCCCGUACGGAGGCAGCCGUGGGUGACACCGCUAGUUUGCAGGGCAUGUUUGGGCAUGCACGCGAGGGAGUGGGAGCGGACCGAUCCUCCCACACACAGCCGAGCUUCAGCUACCAAAAUCGGAAGUAUUUGAAAUUCGGACAAAGCCUUUAGUUCCGUGCUAAUCUCGCAGGAAGAGCUCCCAGGGCAUGUUGUUGGUAGAUACCGAAUUUAGUUGAGACUGAGGCUUAAGAGAAGGUAAGAUCAGCCAGCGACUUCUGUCCGGGAAUCUUGACAACAACAGCACGUCAGUUCUGUCUCUGUCAGUUCGCCAGCACUCGAAUACCACCAACCUUUUGAAUGAGGGGGAGGAGGAGAUACUGGAGAAGACAGCACGCCGAUCGCAGCAUGGUGAAUCUGAACAUGUGUAGAGUGUAGGGGUUGAGAGUUGGAUGAGCCCACUUGGAGAUAAACCUUACGAAUUGUCUUCAAAUUAUUGAAGGAGUUGCCAGAUAUUUCCUUGGUGGAAUUUAGAGAAGAUGUGUCUCCUCCCAGCUGGAAGCGUGCUUUGGGUCUGAAAUGAAGGGUUCUGUUCCAACUCCGUGAAACCCACUGGAACCGGGGUGCAGUGGACACACCAGCAUCCGUUCUCUAGAAAUCAGUUCUUCACCUGCAUUCAUAGCAUUCACUAUGACUGACAUCUGGCUUGAUAAGUUGCCAGAGAAUUGAUAGGAGGGAGAUACCGUUCACCUUCCCUCCGUGUGAGAAGGGAUUCUGUCGACUCACAGAGAUACCAGGGAGGGGCUAUUCGCCUGCUCUGGUUGUGGGAGGGGAUAUACUCAGUCAUUCAGUCUGAGGAUACAUCAACAUAUUAACACUAUAGUGAGACGGUUCACCAGUUCGGGCUGAGGGGUUCAAUUCAUUCUGCCAUCUGAAUCGAACAUUGGGGUGUUUUGAGUUCAAUUCAGCACAAUCUAUAGGGGGUUUGCGUGUCCUCCCUGGGUUUCUAUCUGCUGCUCUGGUUUCCUUCCACAAUCCAAAGAUGUAUCGGCUAAUUGGUCAGUGUAAAUUGUCCUGGGAUUAGGCUAGGGUUAAAUAGGCGGGUUGCUGGGCUGUGCAGCUCUUUGGGCCGCAAGGGCCUAUUCCAGGCUGUAUCUGCAAAUAAAAUAAAAUAAAACUCACAUCUGUUAGAGGCCACUCACCUACUCUGUGUGGGAAGAGAUUCACUUGCUCACUUCACUCAACAGUGAGUCCACGAGGGAGAGAGACUGUCCAACUGUUCUGUGUGUGUGGGCAGGGAUUCGCUAAUUCAUCCCAUGUGAUGGGACACUGGCGAGUUCACACUGGGGUGAGGCCGUUCACCUGCUCUGAAUGUUGGGAAGAUAUUCCCUCACUCGCCUGGUCUUCUGGCACAACAGCGAGUUCACGCUGGGGAGAUGUCGCACAUCUGCUCCGAAUGUGGGAAGAGAUUUACGCGGCCGUCCCACCUACUGGCCCACCAGCGAGUUCACACUGGGGAGAGCCCCUUCACCUGUUCGGAGUGUGGGAAGGGAUUCGCUCGGUCGACUCACCUGGUAAGACACCAGCGAGGUCACACUGGGGAGAGGCCCUUUACCUGUUCUGAAUGUGGGAAGGGAUUUAUUCGGUCAUCUCACCUACUGGCUCAUCAGCGACUUCACACUGGAGAGAGACCGUUCACUUGCUCUGAAUGUGGGAAGAGGUUUACUGAGUCGUCUAACCUACUGGCGCACCAGCGAGUUCACACUGGGGAGAGGCCGUUUACCUGCUCUGAAUGUGGAAAGGGAUUUACUCGGUCAUCUAAUCUACUGGCACACCAGCGAGUUCACACUGGGGAGAGACCGUUCACUUGCCCUGAAUGUGGGAAGGGAUUUACUCGUUCAAAUAAUCUACUAGCACACCAGCAUGUUCACACUGGGAAGAGCCUGUUCACCUGUUCUGGCUCAGGGAAGGAAUUCGUUUGGUCAACUGACCCGAUAACACACCAGCUAGGUCACACCCGGGAGAGGCCAUUCAUGUGCUCUGAGUGUGGGAAGGGAUUUACUCGGUCAUCUAACCUCCUGAUACACCAGCGGGUUCACACUGGAGAGAGACCGUUCACCUGCUCCGAGUGCGGGAAGAGGUUCAUUCAUUCAUCCCACCUCAUGACACACCUACGAGUACACACUGGGGAGAGGCCGUUCACCUGCUCCGAAUGUGGGAAGGGAUUCACUCAUUCAUCCAACCUUGUGACGCACUACCGAGUUCACACUCGGGAAAGUGUGUAAAUAAGCCACCUGCCGGAAGUUUAACCAUCACAGCUGCUGAAUCCAGAGGCAAGUUCGGAAGUGAGCGUGGCGUUGAACUCUGCAAUUAUUGCUGCUGCUCGUCACACCCAACAUUCCACCCAGGUCACUGGGAAUGGGAGGAGUUUCCUCUGCUGAUGUUCAUCUUAAAUGGGACUGGAGUUUCAUAUUCUGCCUCUGUGAUAAAUUAUUCAGUUCUAUUUUAAACUCUGUCUCAGGUACUUAGUGAGCCUACAACACACCCAGUGUACAGUAUAGCAUUCCAACUAAACCCAGCUGGUCCCUGCCAUGUUUCUCUUCCACAGUAGUUCCUUUAAAUCCAUCCCUGCUGUUCACCUCUCGCUCUCACUGUGGUGACAGGUUCCAAAUGAAUGAAGAGUUUUCCUUUGAAUUUCCUGCAUGACUUUCUGCACACUGAGGAAGAUGAGCUCACUGCAGUUAUGUCUAGGUUGAGGGGGAAUGGCACUGGCUGUUAACCUCCCUAUUCCCUUAUUAAUGUUACAUACACAAGAGAUUCUGCAGUUGCUGGAAAUCCAGAGUAGCAUUCACCCAAAUGCUGGAGGGACUCAGCAGGUCAGGCAGCAUCCUUUGAAAGGGUGAGAGCAAUGGGGUCCUUUCUGGCUGGCUGCUGGAGACUUGUGGUGUUCUGCCGGGAGUCAGUGUGUCUUUUCACGAGAUAUGUCAAUGAUAUGGACAAUGGAAUCGAUUGCUUAUUGGCCAAGUUUGCAGAUAGGUUAAAAAUUCGAAGUGUCAUGACCCCUUCAGACCAGCGGGGGGCGCUGUGUAGCAACAGGUCUGGACCCACCUGAACAUCUUUUAUCCGAGCGUAUUGAUUUGUUUAAUGAUUAGUUUUAUCAUUAAGCUGUCACUGUGAUUUUAUUUUGUGAUGCCUGUUAUGUGAAUUUGGUUUCCCUAAGCUUCUCGUUUCUUAAGUGAUUAGUUUCUGAUUUCGACUGGCACAGGAUUUCUGUGUGUUAUGCUCUAUUUAAGGUCAUUUGUAGACCCGCACUCAUCGCUGUGUGCUAGAUUUGAGUUCUGUGUGCUCAAGUUCAGAGUUAAUCAGCUUUUAGUUUGAUUAUUCCCUGUAUUCUGAAUAAAUCUUCAUCAUUAAUUUC